AUGGCCGAGACGCUCAACCUCCGCUCCACGCUCAAGGGCCACUCCGACUGGGUCACGUGCAUCGCGACGACCAUCGAGCAGUCGGACGUCCUCCUCUCGGGCUCGCGCGACAAGACGGUCAUCGUCUGGAACCUCGCCGGCGGCGAGGGCGUGCCGGCCAAGUCGCUCUGCGGCCACAGCCACUACGUGCAGGACGUCACCAUCUCGUCGGACGGCCAGUUCGCGCUCUCCGGCUCGUGGGACGGCACCCUCCGCCUCUGGGACCUCAACACGGGCUCCACGACCCGCCGGUUUGUCUCGCACGAGAAGGACGUCCUCUCGGUCGCCUUCUCGGCGGACAACCGGCAGAUCGUGUCGGGCUCGCGCGACAAGACGAUCAAGCUGUGGAACACGCUCGGCGAGUGCAAGUACACCAUCACCGAGGACUGCCACACCGAGUGGGUCUCGUGCGUCCGCUUCUCGCCGUCGGCCGCCAACCCGCUGAUCGUGUCUUGCGGCUGGGACAAGCUGGUCAAGGUGUGGAACCUCACCAACUGCAAGCUGCGCACCAACCUGGUGGGGCACUCGGGGUACCUCAACACGGUCACCGUCUCUCCCGACGGCUCCCUCUGCGCCUCGGGCGGCAAGGACGGCACCGCCAUGCUCUGGGACCUGAACGAGGGCAAGCACCUCUACUCGCUCGUCGCGGGGGACGUCAUCUACUCGAUGGUCUUCUCGCCGAACCGGUACUGGCUGUGCGCGGCGACGACGACGUGCAUCAAGAUCUGGGACCUCGAGUCCAAGUCCAUCGUCGACGAGCUCGAGCCCGACUUCCCCCCCGUGGGCAAGAAGGCGACGCCGCACCACUGCGUCUCGCUCUGCUGGUCGGCCGACGGCGCCACCCUCUUCUCCGGCUACACCGACGGGCACAUCCGCGUCUGGAGCGUCGGCAUCGGCCGCUAG